GUGGUAAACUGCCAAAUAAUAGGAAAGAAGAAGAAAAACUUUUCCGAAAGCAACCGAGCAGAACCUUUGGUACUCCUUGAAUCGGACAGGUUGGUCCCACUCAGCACCAAUGAAUCCGGGUGAGCUAGGUCCGGAUGUAUGCCCCUCUGCUGGUAGAGCUUGGUGCCGUGAGUCGGACUGUUAGCUUGUUAGCAUCUUUGCGCUCCCUUGUCAUUCAGUAAACUUCUCAUUCAGAGUUGAAGUUUCCUUCAGAAAAUGUCCCAAAGAGACGUCAGAAGCUACUUUUUGCACAGUCUACCAGCCACGGUCCACUGGAAGUUCUGCUGCAUCAUGGAUGGGCUAUCAGAACUGGACUGGACGCGCUUUGCUUCAGAGGUCCUUGGAGAUCAAGUCAGCGUGCGAUUAGCUCAGAAGAAGGAGAUGCGGACAGCCUAUGUAAUGAACCAAUGGGGCAACAGAAACGGACGCGUCGGUGAGCUGCUGGACCUGCUGGAGCAUCAUCAGCUUUUCCAUCCAAGAGACGUGAUCCUUCUCUGGGCGUUGUCUUUGAAGGAGUCUCCACAUGCUCUUCCUGUUAGUCUCUCUAACUUUGAUCCUCCUGCCAAAUCAGUAGUGGCUCCUCUCCAAAUGGCAACCCAUGUCGUCAGCACUACAGGAGGAGAAGGAGCUCUACCUCGACCAGCCCCACCCCCAUCAAGUUUGCAUUCUUGCCAACCUCGAACCCUACAGGGCCCCCCAUUGGUGGCAUCUGGUGAUGCCAGCUAUGGAGUGAUGUGCUGGUCCUAUGAAGAGGUGCAUGCUGGGACUGAGGGGUUUUCGCCAGCCCUGCAGAUCGGUGAGGGGGGCUUUGGAGUCGUGUACAGAGCGUCACUAAGGAACACUGACUGUGCAGUAAAGAGACUCAAACAGGACUGUGUGCACGACUUCAACAUGCUUAAGGAGAGCUUCAACACGGAAGUGGAAAAACUCUCAAAGUUCAGACACCCGAACAUUGUGGACCUGCUUGGAUUCUGUCAAGGACCAAGUGUUUGUCUCAUCUACACCUACAUGGAAAAACGAUCACUGGAAGAUCAGCUGCACACCGUGUCUUCUGCUCUCACAUGGGAUCUGAGGGUCCGCAUUGUUCAUGAAGCAUCAGCAGCAUUGCAGUACCUUCACUUUCCUCCAGAGGAACACACACCUGUAAUCCAUGGAGAUGUGAAAAGUUCAAACAUCCUUUUAGACCGCCACCUGGUAGCAAAGCUUGCUGACUUUGGCUUGGCUCGCUUUGUGUCUCCAAACUCGUCGAACCGUCUGGUGUCCAAGACGACCACACUGGGCCAAAAGUCCAAAGUGAGGGGAACACUGGCAUACCUGCCGGAGGAGUACAUGAGGGAUGGACAGCCAGGGACACCGGUGGAUGUCUACAGCUUUGGUGUUGUGUUGUUGGAGGUACUGACAGGUCGGCGAGCUCUGGAGGAAAACAAGAAGUUGGGAGAUAUUUACCUGAAGGACGUAAUCCAGGAGGUUCGGGAAGACCCGGCAGAUUCUUACACAGCGGCCUGGAGUAAACAGCUGGAUCGGCGGCUAAUCACAGCAGGGGAUCCCACAGAGCUGGCUGGGAGCAUGGACAUGGUGGAGCUGGCCUGUAGGUGUCUAGAAAGGAAAUGGAAGAAGAGGCCCGCCAUGACGGAGGUGUUUAACAAACUUCAGGACAUCAGUAACCUGGCCAGAAAGCACGACCGUCCUUCUCCUCACUGUGUUUCCCAUGGAUAUCCUCACUCUUCAGACUCCAGUGUGGAGGUUGUGACCCAGCAGUUGUCCAAUCUGGGACCCCGAGAGAACACCUACCACCCACCCAUAGGCUCCCUCCCCACCCUCCCCCCUCCUCCUCCAUUCUCUAAGAAUUCUUUUCAUUCUUCCAUAGCUACUUCCCGCCUCCCUGUUCAUUACUCCUCUCUACCGCCUUACCCACCCUCACUCCAGCCUCACUCUUCCUUCUCCUCACUCCCGCCGCUGACAUCCUCUCUCCAUGCUUCCUCCUCAUUUGAGAGUCCUUGUGAAACUGAUGAGAGUCGAGGUUUCUCUCAGUAUGACCUUUCUGCUGGGAGCCAGUUCAACUCUGAACUGUUAUCUUUAUGCCCACCCACCGGUGACCAGAACCAAAAUCGAGCUGGGCCCACAACGUCCCUUUUCAGAGAAACUUCUGAGACCGAGUACAGAAUGGGACCUCAUUUGUCACACAUGCCCCCAAGUGGCCCUCAUUUUGGAACGGGACCAGGAGCAGGUCUACCAGAAAUCUCCUCUCCUCCAGGUCUUCUCCAGUCAAUGUCUCCCCAUACCUUAGAUGGUGUGCAGCCUUGUGAAGAGUUCAGGGGACCGGAGGAGAGUGAUGAGCUGGAAUAUCUUGCUGCUACAAACACCUGACUGGUGAAGAUGAUUGAGGGUGGGGGAACAUGGACAAGUCAAGUAUGUAUGCCUCCCACAUGGUGAACCUGGAUUACAUCCUACUUGUGACUCAUUACACUUCCUGUCUGGCUGUCUUAAAUCACAAAAUUUGACCCCGGAAGCUCAAGGAAAAUUCACACUCCAAAUGUCACAUAAAAAAGGCAACUGAUUCAUUCCUCUUGAUUGACAUUCAGACAUUCACAAAUGUUAUUGACAAAUUAUACCAAAAUGUACAGUUAAAUGUUUUCAUCCUCUAUUGUCAACAGUUUGUGAAACCGUUCAUUGCAUUGCACAUAUUUAUACAGACAAUCAAUCACUUGUGUGGUGCAUUGAGUGCUAAUAACAUGACCAUAAUUUCGUGCAAUCUCUUGGAGACUCGGCCAAAGGCAACGGAAUUGUCGUGUGUAGUGUUCUAUAACUAGUUUUCCUGAGUGGCUGAUCAUUGGCCACUAGUUUCGCUGCUAUUUGAAAUUUGUGGCAUUGAAAUGUUGCUGAUGUACUAACAGCCAAUCACAAAUUUUGUAACACAUGAGCUUCACAAUGUUUGUGAAUUUGAAACGAGAGCCAGCCAGUUGCAGCAGAGCUUUUACUAUUACAGUAUUUAUAUAUUUAUAUUGUGUUUUACAAGGUGGUACGUGGUGCACUGGUUAGCACGCCUGUCGUUCGAUUCCGGCUCGGGCCUUCCUGCAUGGAGUUUGCACGUUCUCCCCCCCUGCCUGCGUGGCUUUCCUCUGGGGAAUCUGGUUUCUUCACACAUUAC